AUGGCACAGAGUGAUGGUCAAAAGAAGUCUGGUAUUGGUCGCUGCAAGAUCGCCCUAUUAUGUGCCUUACUGGUAACUUUUGUCAUUUUAAUCGUAGUGUUGAUAUUUUUCAUCGUUGUGCGCAAGAAUCGACCACCGCACAUUGUUCUCGUAAUAGCAGACGAUCUAGGGUGGAAUGACGUAGGGUGGAACAACCCAGAUAUCAAAAUGCCGGUCCUCAAUCAACUCGCCGCUGAUGGCGUUAUAUUCAACAACACAUAUGUCCAACCUCUCUGUACACCAUCACGAUCUGCUCUAAUGACUGGCUAUUAUCCAUUUAAAACAGGAAAUCAGCAUCAACUUCUUAUCAGUCUUCAACCUGCUGGACUGCCAUUAGAAUAUAAAAUUUUACCGGAAAGACUUAAAGAUGUUGGGUAUCUUACUCAUGCUAUCGGGAAGUGGAAUUUAGGAUUUUGUAAGGAAGAUUUUCUACCAACUAAACGCGGCUUCGAUUCGCACUAUGGUCCAUGGGCGGGAGGAAUAUAUUCGCACUAUACUAAAAUGAACAAUGGUUAUGAUUUCCGUGACAACAUGGGCGUGGUACAACAAAGUAAUACAUAUCUUACUUACAUGCUUACUGAAAGAGCAGUUGAUUUAAUAAUGGGACAUUACGUUGAAUAUCCAUUAUAUCUUCAGUACAAUAUGGACUUACCUGCAAAGUUUCCUGAGGUACCACCUGAGUAUGAAGCACUGUAUUCCAAUAUUGCAGAUAACCGAACCAGGGCAUUUUAUGGGAAAAUGUCUCUGAUUGAUGAUUCCGUUAGCAGUGUGGUGGAGGCGCUAAAAACUAAAGGAUUGUGGGACGAGACGCUAUUCAUUUUUAUUAGUGACAAUGGAGCGGCAGCAUCACAGGCUGGGUCGAAUUGGCCAUUCCGGGGAAAUAUUGCAACGCUGUUUGAAGGAUCUACUCGCGUCCCAGCAAUUGCCCAUGGAAGAAUGUUGAAACGGACAGGAUAUGUUAAUAAUGAGUUAUGGCAUAUUGUUGAUUUGCAUAAAACGAUACUUACAUUGGCUGGGGCUGAAUCUGAGUCUGAUAUUGACGGUAUGGAUAUGUGGGAGAUGUUCUCUAAAGGUGCACCAUCACCAAGAAAUGAAUUUGUGUAUAAUAUCGAUGAUUUCGAGUUGUCCCCUGGUGCUGCUAUUAGGGUUGGCGAUUAUAAACUGAUUACAGGAAAUCCGGAUUUAUUGUAUCCAUUUCGACUAGCAAAUCGAUCAGAUGAUUGGUACAAUUAUGGUGAUGCCCCUAUAGACGCGUUACCAGAACCCCCAGGUGAAGAUUUACCUCCUCCACCAAACGUAACGUGGCUGUUCAAUAUUAAAGAUGAUCCGGAAGAGCGAAACGAUAUCGCCGAACUAUAUCCAGAGAUAGUACAAGAAUUAAGUAAUCGGUUGGAUGAAUACCGUGAAGAUCUAGUUCCGCCGGUAAACUUAGUAUUUGACCCAGCUGGUGAUGCAGCAAAUUUUGGUGGUGUUUGGUCGCCAGGAUGGUGUUAA